AUGUCCAACCCAUCAACUGCUCCUCAAGCGGCUGCUACUGCUCCAACAGACACACGACCUCUCACUCGAUCCCAAGUUCAAGGCCACAGACCACAAUCUUCCUCUUUGUCUACCAUCCAGCCUGACGGUACAACCCACACCACUUCUGAUAAACACAUUCAAGCUCUCUGUCUAGAGAUCCUCUCCAACCAAAUCACAGACCCAUCAUCCACCUUGCGCAAUGCACUUUCCAAUGUUCACCACAUCAUUGCCCGUGUCAAGAACCAAAUCAGACAACUACAAGACGACUUCCAAGUCUUUGAAGGAACACACCGUGAUAAUAUAUCUGAACGGGAUACUGUUACGACCUGA